AUCUAUCGAUAUCGGACGCUGCUGUUGUGGGAGUUGUCCAAUUUGUGUUGUUGCUUUUAUACGCACAUAUUUUCUAAGUUUAUUUACCAAUUUGUUAUUGCGUUUUACUGACUUAGCUUGCAAAACUGCGAGCUGCAUCAUGAAAUCCUGGGAAAUAGCUGUGCUGCUGCUAGCGGCCGUGUAUCUGUGUAGUCAAGUGGAUUUUGUGCAGGGACUUGAGUGCUAUGUCUGCUCCAACCAGACGGGCAACACAGAGAAGUGCCUCAACACGAUCAAGACCUGUGAACCGUUUGAGAACGUCUGCGGCACUGAAAUUCGCUGGGGCAGUCAACCCUACUUCUCGGAGGGAGCUCUCAAGCAAUACUACGUCUCCAAGCGCUGCAUGACUAAGGAGCAAUGCCAGUCGAAGCGCCGACGCUACAUGCAAAUGUAUUGCACACACAUCUGGUACGAGGACUGGGCGUGCAAUGAGUGCUGCCAGGGCGACAGGUGCAACUACUUCAUUAUCAGCGGAGCGACGGGUCAACAAAGUCACAUGCUUAAGUUCUUAGCUCUGCUACUGGGCCUGGGAUUGCUCAUAAGACGCUGCAUCAUGCCCUAGAGCU